AUGGCUCAAGUUCUAUCUCCACCGGUACCACUGCUGGCUAUAGCCAGUCCAAAUCCGCUGCAAUUCAUGGCCGGUCUUCUCGGUCGAAUCGUUACUAAAAAUACGAAUAAAGAGAUUGGUCCAGAGAGCCCGAGGAGUCCGCAGACCCCUCAAGGCUCUGUUCUCAUGGACAAGUACGAGCUAGGAAAGCUUCUUGGCCACGGAAGCUUUGCUAAGGUUUAUUUAGCACGGAACAUAAAUUCCGGCGAAAACGUUGCCAUCAAAGUCAUUGACAAGGAGAAGAUCGUGAAAAGCGGAUUAGCCGGUCAUAUAAAACGGGAGAUCUCAAUCCUCCGCCGUGUCCGCCACCCUUACAUUGUUCACCUCCUCGAGGUCAUGGCUACAAAGACAAAGAUUUACAUCGUGAUGGAGUAUGUAAGAGGCGGGGAGCUUUACAAUAUGGUGGCUCAAGGCCGGCUACGUGAAGGGACCGCCCGGAGAUAUUUCCAGCAAUUGAUCUCAUCCGUGGCUUUCUGCCACAGCCGCGGUGUUUACCAUCGUGAUCUCAAGCUUGAGAAUCUGCUUUUGGACGACCAAGGGAACCUUAAAGUCUCUGACUUUGGGCUCAGCGUCGUCUCGGAACAGCUCAGGCAAGAUGGAAUCUGUCAAACGUUUUGCGGGACGCCGGCUUAUCUGGCGCCAGAGGUUUUGACAAGGAGAGGUUAUGACGCUGCGAAGGCCGAUAUUUGGUCUUGUGGAGUGAUCUUGUUUGUGUUGAUGGCCGGUUAUCUUCCUUUUGAUGAUAAGAACAUAAUGGUUAUGUAUACAAAGAUAUACAAAGGGCAGUUUCGGUGUCCUAAAUGGUUUUCUCCUGAGCUUACAAGGCUGUUGACCCGGAUGCUAGACACGAAUCCAAAUACCCGAAUCACGAUACCAGAGAUCAUGAAGCAUAGAUGGUUCAAAAAAGGGUUUAAACAUGUCAAAUUCUAUAUCGAAGACGAUAAGUUAUGUAGGGAGGAUGACAAUGAUGAAGACGAUUCUUCAUCAUUGUCAUCAGGCCGUUCAUCAACUGCUUCAGAGGGAGACGCAGAUUUUGAGAUUAAACGAGUUGAGUCAAUGCCAAGACCCGCGAGUCUAAACGCAUUUGACAUCAUAUCGUUCUCUUCCGGAUUUGAUCUUUCGGGUUUGUUUGAAGAGGGAGGAGAAGGAGCAAGGUUUGUAUCUGCUGCUCCUGUGACAAAGAUCAUAUCGAAACUCGAAGAGAUUGCGAAAAUGGUGAGCUUUACGUUGAGGAAGAAGGAUUGGAGCGUGAGGCUAGAAGGUUGUAGAGAAGGUGCUAAAGGACCAUUGACUAUUAAGGUUGAGAUCUUUGAGCUCACGUCGUCUCUUGUGGUGGUUGAAGUGAAGAAGAAAGGAGGGAAUAUAGAAGAGUAUGAAGAGUUUUGCAACAAGGAACUUAGACCACAGCUAGAGAAACUGAUGCAUUACCAAGCAGAUGAAGUUGAAGAAAAAAUAUGUUUGCCACCUGAAAUUGAAUAG